CCAUGCAGAGGGCUGAACUAUCAUAGCAACCACCAUCAAUCGUGAUUGCGCAUAGCUGACCUGAGCGAGGACGCUUUUGAUCGAUUCUGGUCUUGAAGAGUUCAAGGGGCCAUACAUAGCGGCCUCAGAGUCGAGAGGAACACGGUGCAUCCGAGAGCCGAGAGGCUGCCAAGGUCCGUCUCAACACGGAAGUCCUACCUGGCAAACUUUGCCUUGUCCGGACGUCGGCGCAAAGCUCGGCACCAGUAUGGCUUCGCAAGAGGCUAGUGGCUCGGACGUUCCAAUGUCUGAAGCUGGUACUGUGGACGAGCAAAAGUGGAUGUCCUUCAGCGUACGACAUGGCAAGACGUUCCACAAUGUUCGACUAGCCGAGGACGACUCAGUACUGGAGCUCAAGAUGAUGAUCUUCAGUCUCACAGAUGUCCCUCCAGAAAGGCAAAAGCUUUUGGGCCUCACACGCGGCAAGCUACCUAUCGAUGAGGCGCCCUUGUCAAGUCUUGCUAUCCCACCUGGAAGUCUGAAGGCGAAACAAGCUGUCAAUCUGGAUGGCAGUAGCUCUCCUGCGUCAUCUCGGACGCAUACAAGCGGAAAGACGAUCAGCAUCAUGCUCGUAGGCACUCCAGUCCAGGACACAUUUCAAGACAGAGCGGCUUUACUGAAUGCGGUGAGCUCCAUGAUGAAUGUCAUGUCCGAUCCCUCGAAUAUAUCGAAGGUUCGCAAGACGGUGGAAAGGUUCCGCGAAUUUGCCCCUAUACAUCCACCUCGUACAGGAUUAUCUGGCGGACUUCUUGUCUUGGACCUCGACUGGACGAUAGCAGAUACGCACAAGCUGAUGGAUCCACAGUGUCCCGUAGCUUUGGCGGCCCGUCCUGGCCUUCACGAGUUCCUGGCAGCAGUCUACCCAUACUACGACAUUGCUGUCUGGUCUCAAACCAGUUGGCGCUUUCUAGAGAUGAAGCUUACAGAGCUUGGGUGCUUUGAAGACUCGCGAUACCAAAUCACAUUUAUCUUGGACAGAUCUUCCAUGCCAGCGGUUCACGUGCGCGAAGCUACAAAGAAGGAGGUCAAGCCGCUUGACGUCAUAUGGAAUAGGUUUCCCGAAGUAUAUGGCGCACACAACACUGUUCACGUCGACGAUCUCGGCCGAAAUUUCAUCAUGAAUCCUCUCAACGGAAUCGUCAUCCAGCCGUAUUACUCCGAUGCCCGUCUAGACGACGAGCUUGCGAGCCUAGCGAGGUACUGCUUGCAACUCGCGAAUCCGAGCGUGACAGAUGUACGCAACCGUGGCUGGUCCACCCCCGGACAUGACAGGUGGCAUGACUGCACCUUACCGCUGGUAAGCCCGCUACCCGUCGCGCUAGACAAAGCGGACACCACAGGUAGCUACGCCUACGUCUUCAGACGAAGACACGCGCAUUGGCUAGCGUACGCCGCCAAACAUCCGUCAUCAGCGAGACAAGGGGCGACGCAAGCUCGCGCUGCGCCACAGGAAGGGCCAAGCAGCGGUAAUUUAGCAACAACAAAUGAGGAAGAAGGAAGUGUGUCGAGCAGUGGUGCCCCCAUGCAAGAGGAUGAUUCAAAAGAAGACAAGCAACCACCAAAGCAGUCUUGAGCAUCACGACUGACCAAGGCCUUUCCCUGGUACGCACCGAGACGCAUCGCAAUCUCCUUUGUACACCUAAUGUGACAUGUCUUCUCCUGCGGCUGAUCGACCCGCCUCUAUCGCGUACCAUAGCCACGACACAUGGAAAGAGGGAAAGCUCUGCUGGUGGUCAAUCGCAGGAUGAUGUAGUGGGUGCAGCCAGUCGUGGCGAUGCGUGAUCGGAUUUUAAGGUGUUGCAAGGAUACAGAUAGUACAGGCGAGGACGCUGGGAGCGGUCUAGGAGGAAGAAAAGGAGGAGAGACGGAGGUGUUCUCAAGCCA